AUGAAAAAUUCAAAAAGAUCAGGAAGAAUCGAAAGAAAGAAUACACAAGUAGGGCACUUUGAGAUCAAGUAUGAAAUAUUAUCUUCACCAAAAUCGCAAGUCAUCGCAGAUUUCUUGGCAGAAUUUCCAUUGGAAGAUGAACAUGUUGAAGAAAUGAUGGAUGUGGAUGAAGAACAUGGGAAUCCUAAAGAUUUGUUGACAGAUCAUAAUUCAAAUAUAUGGGAGACACUGGUGGAUGGAUCAUCAAAUGGAGAAGGCAAUGGAAUUGGAAUAGUUUUUAUUUCACCAGCAAGGGCAAGAAUGGCUUACUCAUUCAGGUUGGAGUUCGCGUCCACCAACAACGAAACUGAAUAUGAAGCGGUGGUGCACGCGUUACAGUUAGCAAUUGAAAUGAAGUUAGAAUAUGCAAGAAUAACUAGUGACUCACAGUUGGUAAUCCGACAGAUAGAAGGAUCAUAUAGCACAAAUGAUCCUUCUUUACAGAAAUACAAGAAGCUAGUCACGGAGUUAGCAUUCCAAAUUCCAAAAAUAAGUUGGAGGCACAUAUACAGGAAAGACAAUCGAUUCGCGAAUGCACUGGCUUUUAUUCCUUCUAUGUUAGUAGAUCCAACUGCAAGGUAUAUAAAGAUACAAACGCUCUUUUCGCCUUCAAUUAAGAAGGAAAAGGAAGAAGACGCAGACGUAAUGAUAAUAGAAAACACUGAAGAAGAGCAAGCGAACAAAGACGCAGAUUGGAGAACCCAUCUUCAUUUAUACUUGGAGAAAGGAGAAGUCCCAAGAAACAGGUUGGAGGCACACAAGUUAAAUAGUAAAGCGACAAAUUACGAACUAAGAGAUGGUGUACUAUAUAGAAAGUCAUUCCUUGGACCAUCACUUAGAUGUUUAACGCGAAAAGAGGGAAUAGAAAUCCCAAAGGCAUUACACUACGGAGAUGAUGGGAAUCAUAGUGGAGGAAGGUCUUUAGCAUACAGGACGAAUAUACAAGGGUAUUACUGGCCCUACAUGCAUGAGGACACAAAAGAAGUAUUGAGGCGGUGCGAAGAGUGCCAGCAUCACGGAAAAAAGAUACAUGCACCUGGAGCGAUGCUGAACUCAUCAACAAGUGUGUGGCCAUUUGGAAAAUGGGGCUUAGACAUUGUUGGUCCAUUUAUACCAGGAACACGGCAAAGUAGAUACCUAAUAGUAGCAACAGAUUACUUUACAAAAUGGGCAGAAGUGAAAGCGGUGCAACAUAUUCGAGACAAAGAUAUGUUCACGUUCAUAUUUGAGAAUAUCAUCUGCAGAUUUGGAAUCCCUGCGCAAUUAGUUCCUGAUAAUGGAAAACAAUUUGAAGGAGAAAACAUAGAAAUGCUACUUAACGCAUUCAAAAUUCAAAACGGAAAAUCCACUCCAUUAUAUCCACAAAGUAAUGGACAAGCAGAGGCAACCAACAAGACAAUUGCAGAUAUAUUGAAGAAGAAGUUGGAAGGAUACAACAAAGGGUGGCGCGAACAAGUGCAUAAUGAAGUAUGGGCAUACAAAACAACUAGGAGAGAAGCUACAGGAAUGUCACCUUUCUGUCUGAUAUAUGGAGUAGAAGCGGUGUUGCCAACUGAGGUCAUCAUUCCUACAACUAAGAAAGAAGCAUGGGAAAAGAAUUUGAGUGCAGACUUAAUUUUAACAAAACUUGAUGAUCUAGAAGAAAGUAGAUAA